AUGUCCAACAAAGACUAUAUUCUCGUGACCGGCGGAGCAGGCUAUAUCGGCUCACACACCACGGUUGAACUUAUCCAAAACGGAUACAAUGUGGUGAUUGUCGAUAACUUGGUGAAUUCCAGCUACGAUGCCGUGGCUCGCAUCGAGUACAUUGUCCAGAAAAAAGUGCCAUUCCACAACGUGGACAUUGGUGACAGCGACGCUCUUUCCAGCGUCUUCGAAAUAUACAGAAUCGUGGGGGUCAUCCAUUUUGCAGCCUUGAAAGCCGUGGGUGAGCUGACCCAGAUCCCAUUAGACUAUUACUAUAACAAUGUUCGUGGAACCCUUAGCUUGCUUACCACCAUGAGGGCAGCAGGCGUCAAAACCAUAGUGUUCAGUUCGCUGGCAACCGUCUAUGGUGAUGCCACGCGCUUCAAGGACAUGAUUCCGAUUCCAGAACACUGUCCUACAGGAGCCACCAAUCCAUAUGGCAGGACUAAGCUCAUGAUUGAGGAAAUGCUAGGUGACAUUCACAAGGCUGACCCCACUUGGCGCUCGGCAAUCUUGCGGUACUUCAAUCCAAUUGGUGCCCAUCCUUCUGGGCUUAUUGGCGAAGACCCCUUGGGCAUUCCAAACAACCUCUUACCCUUUUUGGCACAGGUGGCUGUUGGGAGAAGAGAAAAACUCGCUGUUUUCGGAAACGACUAUGACAGCCACGACGGCACACCGAUCCGCGACUACAUCCACGUGGUGGACUUGGCCCGUGGCCAUCUUUCUGCCUUGGAAUAUUUGCGCAACUUGCCCGAAAAAGAAGGAUUGUACCGCGAGUGGAACUUGGGUACAGGGAAAGGGUCCACUGUUUUCGACGUGUACCAUGCUUUCUGCAAGGCCAUUGGGCGGGAGUUGCCCUAUGAAAUUGCGGGGCGGCGUGCUGGAGACGUGCUUAAUUUGACCGCAAAUCCAACGCGGGCAAAUCUGGAAUUGAAGUGGAAGGCACAAUUGUCCAUUGAGGAGGCAUGUACGGACUUAUGGAAAUGGACUACCGAGAAUCCCUAUGGCUUCAGUUUGGAGAAUUAUCUGUGGAAGUUGUUCGGAGACAUGGAGAAAUACGGGUACCUGAGCCGUCUUCACACCAUCAGCUUUCCUGACUUCGAGGUAUCAAUUGCCAACUACGGGUGCGUGAUUCAAAGCAUCAAGAAAAGGGGUGCACAAGUGACCCAAGGCUUCGGCACUUUGGAAUCCUACUUGCAGUCUGAAAACCCGUUCUUUGGGGCAUGCAUUGGAAGAUACGCCAAUCGGAUCCGUGGCGGGCAGUUUGAGAUUGACGGAAAGAAGUUCCAGGUCGACAAGAAUGAGGAUGGGAAAAACUGUUUACACGGUGGCGCAAACGGCUUUGACAAGCAGUUUUUCUUGGGACCUGUGGUCAAGCAGCUUGGAACCAACGAGUAUACUAUGGAGUUUGUCCAUGUGGACGGCAGCGGGAACAAUGGAUUUCCUGCUGAUUUGGUCACACACGUCAAGUAUACCAUUGGUAAGAGCUCUCUUGAAAUUGAGUUUAAGGCCGAGAUUUUGCGGUCCUCGGAAGACACCGCAACGCCUGUCAAUCUAAUCAACCACGCCUACUUCAACUUGUCUGAAUCCGCUUCGAUUGACGGCCUAGUUGCCAAAAUUUCCACCAACAAGGUUUUAGAGUUUGAUGACCAGAAGCUUCCAACGGAAAAUAUCAGUUUCAUCGACAGGGACUUGAUCACUGGCAAAACACUCGACGAACGUGCCGUGUUCGAUCAUUGUUUCGUUGUUGACGAUCUGGAUUGGGAUUUGGACACUCGCCAGAAAGAGCUCAAGCAAAUUUUCGAACUCACCAGUGAAGAGACCGGCAGAAAAAUGGAAGUAUUUUCUACUGAGCCUUCAUUCCAGUUCUACACUGGCGAUGGCGUAAAAGUGGGUGACCAUUCUCUGCGCUGUGGGCUUUGCAUUGAGCCAGGAAGAUUCACCAAUGCAGUAAAUGUUCCUGAAUGGCGCAAGCAAGUAAUAUUGAAGAAACGCGAGGUUUACGGCUCCCGGAUGCGCUAUGUUUUUGAUUGA